AUUUUAGACGAUGGUAACUGACGAAUCAAUAAUGAAGAAGAAGAAGAAAAAGAAGAAGAGGCAAAGUGGCCUCGCAGGAUUAGAUGACUCAAUAAGCGCUAAAAACGUGAAGAAAAAGAAGGUCAUCAAAGAUUCCCAAGAUGGUUUGAAGAAAAAGAAGAAAAGGAAGAAGAAUCUGAAAAACUCCACCUUGAUGUUUGAUCCGCAAGAGCCAGUACCGGAUUCUCAAGAAAGCCGUCCCGAAUCAGAUUUAGAAUUGUUUGGGUCACAAUCCCCGGCGCCCAGUCCUAUCAAGACUCAGAAAAAUCCUAUUAUGUCUCAGACAACUCCUAUCAAGUCUCAGAAAAGUCCUGUUAAAACUCCUCCAAGUCCCCCUAUGCUUACGAAACACAGUCCCGACGAUCCGCAGACACCAAACGGAUUAAGUGAAGAUGACUUGUCGGAGGAUUCGGACAAGGAGUCUCCGGUAAAACGAGUUGAGUCCCGACCUUCACCGGUUAUGAAGUUUGCGAAGAAGACCAAAAUCGUCAAUAAUAUUAAGCCUAACUCGGAGGAAUCACCCGCGAAGAAACUGAAAGUUUCUGUUGAGAGUGACGACUCAGAAGCUGAAGCUGAAGAGGAUGAUGUUCUAGCACCCUAGCUCCCCUUCCUGUCAAAGGUAUGUUUCCCUUGUUUAGGGUUCCACUCUCCAUUCUUCAACUCCAUUCUCCCUCAGAAGAAGUGAAACAUGUCCCAGCCCCCCUGAGUGACCCUGUUAUCAGCCAACAAGAGCAGGACCGCAGAGACUUGACCUUACUAACUCAGGUAAAGGAUAAAUUCCCUGACACCCUUGUUAAAGAUAUAAACUGGAACGACCUCUUCGUUUUCGACAUGAAGCCCGAGGAUAUGGCUGGUCGUUACGAGAUUCUGCUAAAUAACAUUCCUCGUGAGAAGAACAAUAGUACUCUUGUGAACGAGGCGCUGCUGUCCUACUGUAACGCUAAAGUCAGAGAGGUUCCGCUGAGCAAACGGGGUCAGAUCAGAACUGUGGGUGCUACUGGAAAUUGGAACAUGAAGAAGAAACUUAACGCUUUUUCCUUGUUCUCAUCUAAUUUCGAUCUGAAGAGAAUAUCUAGGGAGGAAGUGAAGGAGAAAUGGGAUGUACUGGAUAAAAUUGAAAAGAAGCGAUUACAAAAGGAAGCUAAAGCUCUUAACAACAUACGUGGUAUACAAAGCGGCAUGAAGACCAAGGCGUUCCGUGCAAUUUCAGCUUAUCAGGCUUAUUCUAAAGAGCAUAUGAACUUAGGUAUGAAGAUGACAGAGAUAGGUCCAAAGUGGAAAUCUCUGGAUGAAGACAAGAAAAAGGAGUAUCAAACUAUUGCAGAUGAGGCGAACCGGGAACGGAAAGCGAGCAUGAAUGAGCAAUUAAACGAGCAAUCGUCAUCUCCGUAAUUAAAACAUGGGUUUUAAAUUAUUAUUAAUUUAUUUUAAUCUUUUUAUAAGAAUUUCAAUGUAUUGUUUUAGGUUUUAACAAUAUUUGAAUAAACAUCAGGAAAAACGAUGGAAGAAAGAAAUUGCUUUUUUGCGAUGAUUUAAGAGUAUUUAAAUAAAUUGAUUAGAAAUAAAGUUGUAACUCAUCAUUCGUUACUCACGAAUCUUCCCACCACUCUGUUUGUUUGUUUGUUUGUUUGUUUGUUUGUUUGUUUGUUUGUUUGUUUGUUUGUUUGUUUGUUUGUUUGUUUGUUUGUUUGUUUGUUUGUUUGUUUGUUUGUUUGUUUGUUUGUUUGUUUGUUUGUUUGUUUGUUUUCAAGAGCUACUUGCCACUUAUGUCCAGAUCAUUAUAUAAUCCCACCACUCUGUACUUUUACAAACCAGCGUCUGUUAUGAAAUUAUCAGGAAUAUUUCAAAUCAUUGAGUAGUGUAACCGUUGUAAAACUUAGUUAUUUAUCUUUUUGAAACUUAAUUUAAAUAGUUUUUAUUUUGAUUCAUAAUAAAGUUACGCAUUUUUACUUCUGAUGUGAUAACGGUUUACGAGUAUGUGGUGAUUAUUUUAACCUUAUUUUAACCUUUUGAUUUAGUUCUUAUAA